AUGUGGACAAAUUCACUCUCGGGCUGUCCAAGUGACGUUGAUUUGGGAUUUACAAGUUCGUUUCCAGCUCAUGCAGCAAGCAACAGCAACAACAUCGGCAUGACUCCAUAUUUGAAAGCAAAUCCCUACAACUUGGGCAUUAUGUCGAUGGAUCCGUUGCUCGGAUAUCCAGCGACGGGCAUGAGAAAGCAACGUCGCGAACGAACGACUUUCACACGCGCGCAACUCGACUACUUGGAGCAACUUUUCAUGAAAACGCGCUACCCGGACAUCUUUAUGCGCGAAGAGGUCGCUCUGAAAAUCAACUUACCCGAGUCCCGGGUGCAAGUUUGGUUCAAAAAUCGUCGUGCCAAGUGUCGUCAACUGCAAAAACAGCAUUCCGUGUCAUCAACCACAUCGACAAGUCAUGCCUCCUCCUCCUCGUCACUCAACAGCAGUUCGGUAAAAACCACAAAAACUCCCAGCACAUCCGCCUCAUCGACAUACAAGAUAAAAAUCAAGGCACCCACACCAAGCACAAGUUCCUCAACGUCGUCGCAGGGCACAUCGUCGUCGCUGCAUCGUGACUCACCGAAUUACAUUAAGCCGCACGUCACACAAAGUCACUUCAUUUCGUCAAAUAAUGCAAUUGGCAACUACUCGACGAGCGUGAAUGCAAACACCUUGUGGUUGCCAUCGUCACACUUUGAUCAUCCAACGGGAACGCAAACGACAUCUACGACAUCGCCAUGGUCUCCGAAUAAUGUGACGGCAGCACAUUACCAAAAUUAUUACGGCAACAACGAAUUUAUCAGUUCUUCGAUGACGAUGCAGUCGCAAUUGGAUCCAAUUGAAGGCGGAUGGAUCAAAACUCGCGACGACAAUUGGCUGUACAACAGUCCUCGAUGGGAGUCAUCCACGGAAAAGUAAAAAAAAUGUAAAUUUCAACUUUUUUCCUACUAAACC